UUGAACGGCAAGAGCGAGAGUCAGACCGUGAAUCAGAGAGAGAGAGAGAGAGAGAGGGACUGAGAGAGUUACAGAGACUGAAACACUGAAGGGGAAAGAAGAGUGAUUGAUCACUCUUCAGAGAUUAGUUCCAUAGAAAGGAGAACAAUUGAGGUUCUCUUUCUCAAUCGGAAGAGCAAAAGAGUCAUGUACUGAAACAAGGUUGGUUUGAGGAUUUAUGUCGGCUUGUUUUGGUCUUCUGUUUGGAGCUUCAGAGCAGUUCUGGCUUUCAUCUUCUUCUUUUUCUUCUUCUCUAUCUUAUCUAUCCUCAAGCUUUUUAACAUCCUUCUAUUGUUUCUGCUUUGGCCUCCAGAAAGUUUCCCAAAUUUUUUCGAUGCGUUUGAAAACAAAACGGUUUUGCAGGUUUCGUUCUCGUGUUAUAUGCUUUGGUGGUUUUCAAUAUAAAGUGUUUUUAUAUACCACUUCUUAUUCGUCAGAGGGGUUCUUGAAAGACCCGGGAACUGGAACUGUGAGAGAUUCUCUCUCUACAGCGUUAUUAUUUUCCCCUGUUUUCCCCCUUCUUUUGUGUUGGUUGAGAAGAAAUUUUAGUAAUGCCGUUGCCACAGAGGCAACUAUUGAAUCAAGAUAAGGUUUUUAAGCAAGGGAGGAAGAAAUCAAUCUCUAGAGAGGGAUCCGAAAUCAAGAACAAAACAAUGAGAAAGAUUCGAAUUUUCUGUUACGAUCCUAAUGCUACAGAUUCUUCUUCUAGCGAAGAUGAAAAGAUGACGACGAUUUCUAGUAGAAGGAAUCUUAAACGGAUUGUUCAAGAAUUUUACGUUCCAAUUUCUCCAUGUGGUUCGUCUGUUCAUGAAAGCUCUUCUCAAGACAGUAAUUAUGGCAGCAAAAACCCUAUUUCUAGAGUCUCCAAAAACCCUAGCAGAAGGGUUGUGAAGAGGAACCCCAGAUCCACUUCCAAGUAUAGAGGGGUUCGACAGAGGACUUGGGGAAAAUGGGCUGCUGAGAUUCGUGACCCUUUACGAGGUGUUCGAGUCUGGUUGGGUACUUAUGAUACUGCAGAGGAAGCUGCUGAAGCUUAUCAAGCUGCCUCAAAGAGGUUUGAGUUAGAGCGUAUUAGUCUCUCAGAGAAGAAGAAUAACAAUGUGUCUCAGUCACAGUCUCAGUCUCAGUCUCAGUCUCAGCCCUGCAUCUCAGAAGAGACAGAGAGUCUAUUUUCUUAUUCAUCUCCAUCUUCUGUGCUUGAUGUAUCUACCUCUGCUUCUCAUUCUAAGAAUACUAUUGAUCCAACUGUUCAUCACCAGCAUCAGCAGCAACAACAACAGCAACAACAACAGAAACAGGGUCCUUCUGUAGAUAUUGUGAAGGAUCCAAUGCCACCCAUAACAGAGCAAAAGAUGAACCUUGAUUUUGAUUCAUUACUCAUGGAGGACUUUGGGCUGGGGUUGUUUGAUGAUUUGGGUGGCUUUAAUGAUCUGGGUUGUUUGGAUGAUUUACCAUUGUUUGGGUUUCGAGAUAGUGGUGCUUCAAAAGAUUUUACAGACUUCGACUUUGGGUGGCUUUAAUGAUCUGGGUUGUUUAGAUGAUUUAUCAUUGUUUGGGUUUCAAGAUAGUGGUGCUUCAAAAGAUUUUACAGACUUCGACUUUGAUCUUGACUCAGUCAUGGGCUUGGAUUGAUGAAUCAUUGAAUAUGGUCGGCCUUUAACAAAUUAUUACUAUGCAGUUGCCCAUAUAAGUUUUGCAGAUAUAGGACUCCUAGUAGAGUAGUAUAUUUAGUUCCGGUAUGUGGACAAGUCUCAAAAGCCUUGAGAUAGUGAUUUGAGUUUUUUCAUUCCUUCAGAGAGGAGUAUUUGGCAGAAGAUUUGAUUGAGUUCUUGGGUUUUCCUGUGCUACAGGAGCCGUCCAAGGAUCAAUUCCAUAAAUAAUAGUGUAAAUCUAAGGCAUAUAUGCCUCAAAUAUCUAUUAAUUUUUAAAUCCUUCUUUCUGGCUA